AUGGUGACCACCCUCUCGCUGGCGUUAGUCCAGAAGGCAAAGGGUCGAAGACGACAUGUGCUCGAAGCUGGUCCCAGGUUUGCACCCGAGCCGCCACCCAAGGACGGUGAUAUGGUUAUAACUGGUGGGCCGAAGCAGCUGGCGCGGAGGAAAGUUCCCCGCUGGGCGCCGGAUGGAGGUUCUGAUCCGCUGGUUGCAGACAGAGGGAGGGGUGGCGAACUCGAUGUCAUCUCUGAGGAAGUCUAUCCAGGUGAUGGCCGGUGCUACCGUGUGGUCUACGAUUUGGGAAUAGGUAUCCGAAAAGAGCCCAACAUCGGAGCCAAGCGCACCGGAGAGGAUCUCCUUCCUGGUGAAUGUUUCGAGAUCAAGAAAGAGAUUCGCCGUGCCGGGCGGCGCUACUUCGAGCUACUCGAUGGAAGGGGCUGGGUCUUUGACUGGACCGAGGUUGAUGGCGAACGAGUCGAACUUGUGGAGCUUGCAGCCCAGCUCUACACGGUAGCUUUCCCUGACGGAGUGAACGGCAUUGCCUGGAGCUCCGAUGCUACCAUGCGAUUUAGCACAGUCAAUGGCUUCACCAACGAGGUUGAAGCGACCAACCUUGCGCAGGCUGGAAUUCGCACGGGCGACGUUCUCGUGAUGAUUGACCAGGAUCCCGUGGUUGGCAUGCCUUUUGGGCAGGUUUUGGAACGGAUUUGGGCAACUGCCGGCCGCCAACCGGGAUCAGGAUAUUUUUACAAGGUGACUACAGAGACUCCUUACGGCAUCGGGAUUCGAGAUGAGCCGGACAUCAACGGCCCAAGAACUGGCGAAGACUUGAUCCGAGGAGCAGUCUUCGAGGUGGAUGAGAUGGUGGAGGUGGAGGAUGACAUCACGUAUCUGCACCUGGCGGACCAGCGGGGUUGGGUCUUUGACAACUCGGCAAAGGAGCCGGAUACCCCGUGCGUCAUCAACCUGGCAGAGAUCGAACCCGGAUGCACCUUGACCAUGUGGCGCGGGGAGGUCGAUGAGUUGGCGAAGACCAUUGGUCUCAGGUUCAAGCAGGAUGGCAACGAGGGCCAACCUUUUACAUUGACUGUGCUGGAAGAGGGAGAGCCCAUCCAGCGUGUUCCGUGUGCGCCUGGCUCCAACCUGCGCAAGACGCUUCUAGCAAAUGGCUUCCAGGUCUAUCAAGAUCUUCGUUCUGUCUUCAACUGCAACGCCCAGCAGCUUUGUGGGACCUGUGUUCUGGACGUGAUGGAGGGUGACGGCAACCUCACCGUCCGAUCUGUGAACGAGGCAGCGGUCAUGUCAGCCAAUCCACCCAGCUUCAGGCUUUGUUGCAACAUUGACGUCUAUGGUGACAUUACCGUAAGGCUGCGUCCACGUGGGGUGAAAUACGGCGGAGGCACCAGCUGA